AUGUUUGAGAGUUCAGUUGAUUCGGAAUUCAAAGGACCCAUCCCGCCUUUAUUGAGCAGCAGAGUUGGGUUUCAGGAAGGAGAUCUUCAACAAUAUAGUUUGAGCAGUUUUCAUCAACAAAUUCCAAUGUCUUUGGUCAGGUAAAAGACUUUUGGAGUCAAGAAAUCUGAAAAUCAGUCUGCUUAUGAGAACGAAGAAAUUCAAUAUGGAUCUAAGCCUUAAUUUUUAAAAACAAUCAUUGCCAAGAGUUUGCAGAAUAACUUCAUAAACAAUUUGUGGAAUAGAUCAUAUUUGAGAAAAUUAAAUCAAUUAAGCUUUUUUUAAAUUUAAUAAUUGGACGACCUCCAGAUGGUAAGUGAGGGAAAUGAAUAUAGCAAGGCCUCUCAAUUGUGGAUUAUGGUGGAUGUAUUUACACCAUACAGCAAAUUCAUUGCAUGUUGGGAUGCAUUUCAAAUUAUUACGUAUCUCCUUAUUUUCUUUUGGUUGCCUUACAAAAUAUCAUUUGAAAUUUAUCACAUUAGUGAAUUGUUCUCUGAGACCAAAAGUGGUACCAUUGAAUACCUGCUGAUGAUGAUUUUGGCUUUGGAUAUCGGGGUGGGCAUGAAUUUAGCUUUUAUUGAAAAAGGACAAAUAAUCAAGGACAGAAAAAGAAUAAUUUAACUAUAUGUAUAUAUUUAUGCGGUUUCCUUUUUCACUGUGACUGUCCAAUUCUUUGUGCCGAGUCUGAGUUCCAAAGACUACACCAUGAUCUUGAUCUAGUCAAUCCUCUGCGUUGUCUUCUAUAUAUUGCGGAUAACCAAAAUAAACAAGAUCCUAGCUCAAAUUUAAGAGUACAUAACUAACAUCUUAUUUAGGUUCUUUAAUCUAAGUGGCUAUCUAAAUGAUUUAGUCGGUCUAUUGAAAGUUCUAAUGGUUAUCGUGAGUGUUGUACACAUAUGCGGUUGUCUUUGGCAUGGGAUAGCCUAUUACAAUAGUUCCUUUUCUUGGCUGGAUGCCUAUAAUUUGAGAGAUAAAUCAAAUGCGUCUCAAUACAAUGUGGCCAUUUAUUGGGCUACGAUGACGAUGACCACAGUUGGAUAUGGAGAUAUCACAGCCAAGAACGACUUGGAAUUACUCAUUAACAAUUUAACUAUGUUUAUAGGGUCGAUUGUGUUUGCAUAUUCAGUCAAUAGCAUUGGAAUAUUUGUGUCUAACAUGUACAAAGGCACCAUGGAGUACAAUAGGACUGUUAGUUUAAUAAAUACCUAUAUGAGUAAAAAUAAGAUACAAUUUGAAUUACAGACCAAAGUAAGGAGUUACUUAGAGUACAUUUGGCAGGAGGAGUAGGAAAUGAAUGAUGAUGAGGUCGGAUCCAUUGUUAAUAAGCUUAGCAAACAUUUACAAGAUGAAUUACAGUAUCAAUUAAGAGGGAACAUCUUAAAGAAUUGUAAAAUAAUUAUGAAGUUAUUUUCUGAAUCCUUCAUCAAGAGUCUGCUACAUUACAUGGAGGAACAAGCAUACUCACCAGAAGAAAGAAUUAUCACUAUUAACGAACUGGAUGAUUGUUCCCUCUACGUUAUCACCAAAGGGGAAGUUGAGUUGAUCUUCGAAGCCAAUUAGGUCAAAGAAAGGGUCAAGAGGAAUACAUUCCAAAAUUACAAUUAAUUUGACUGCUUUGGAGAACUGGCCUUUUUUACUGGAAAUUCCAGGACUGCCACUGCAAUCUCAAAGGGGUUUACUAGAGUAUUCAAAAUAUCCAGAGCCAAAUUCUUAAAUGUCAUAUCUUCUUAUCCAGAUGAUUAUGAAAGGUUUUGUGAAAUCAGAGAUCGCAUUAUAAAUGGCGAUUAUGGAGCCUUGUCGCUCAACUGCUUUAGUUGUCAAAGCAAUUCUCAUCUAAUUCAAAAUUGUAAUUACUUGCAUUUUUGUGCUGACAAAGAAAAGAUCAUCAAAAAAGAGUUUUAUCCUGUGAAUCAAAGAAGAUCUUAAAGAUAUUCCAGAAGGGAUAUGGGUAAGUAUAAUGCAUGGACCAAUUUCUAAUUGAAUUCAACUCGUGGACAAGAUUUUCAGAAUGAUGCUUAUGCAAAAGGUUACGACGAUGGCGACUCUCAUACCUUGUAAAUGAAUGAUGCAUAUGAAGAUGAAGAAGUACUGAUGGAAUAAGGUAGAUUUCGACAUGAUUUUUAGUUGAAAAUAAUGAAAAUAGUAUAUCUGGUACAGCUUUCUAAAAUGCUGAUGAUGACGACGGUUAAAACGCAACCAUCAAUUACUAUAGAAAAUCCAAUAUACCUAAAUCAACUUUGUAAACCGCAGGUUUUGGAGGGAGUCUAACCAAAGAUUGUAACCAUAAUCUCAUUAUACAUAGCUUAUAAAGACGACUUGCUUAAUUCAAAGAAUCUUUCUGAAACUCAAGACUAAUUCGUAUUGCCUCACACAAAGCCCUAACUUACCUUGAUUCAAUAGAAUAAUCCUCGACCUUCUCUUGCUUUACCACAACCCCAACUUAAAAAGUAAUUAUCAAGAAGUGCAUCUAAUGAAGACCACAAUCAUCAGCCACAUAGGUUGUCAAUUGAUUAAAAGUUGAUAAUGGUUGCUCCAUAAAAAUCAGAUAUGGAUAUUAAAAAUCUUGCUAACAAUCCCAGAGUACAAAUGAAAAGAACUACAACAAAUAAUAAUCAGACACUCUUUACAGAGAAUAACACUCAAAACAAUUAACAUAUGAGUACCCAAACAAUAGCCCCGAUGUUACCUGGCUUUGAUAAAAUGCAUAUCUUUUUAAUCUAUUAGCCAUUACAUAAUUAUGAUAUGGUUAUAAAGAGAUAUGCGAAAGUUUAACGAUUCUUUGGUAAAAAAAGAUUGUAUCCCGAAUAUUCUGUUUACUCAUUCUUCUUUAUGGCCAUCAAAAAAGGUUGGAAGCUAAGAAGACUUGGAGAAACAUCCAAAAAUGCAAAGAGUCCAAUGAUGAUGAGGAGUCUAAGGAAGAUUUAAAAACCUUAUUAAGGCAUUCAAAAGUAACGAAGUAACUUUUUCAAGGAAGUCAAUUGA